AUGGUCUCCCACAAGUCUGCACAACGAAACUUGUCAGUGCGCACACAGGCACUGACUAGGACUCGUGCUAAGGUACAACUCAGCAAAGAGGCACGGGUUGCCCUUACACUACGACGCCGCGAAGCCUCUCUUACUUUCAAGAAGGCUCUCGAGGAUGCCUGGCAGACCGUGGACGAUGCUGCCAUUAAGAUUGCUGCAGACCACAAGAAAACUGUCCGUCGAGUGCAACAUGAAUUGCACAUGGGGCACUCCCUUCUGCAGGCAAAGCAUUCCAAGGUCAGCGCGUGGAAUUCUUUUCUAUGGAAGAAAGGGCAAGACAGUGACAAGGAAAAUUAUGGACACGGCAAAGACGUACUCGGAGGAAUCAUGCGGGACUUCAAAGCCGAGUACUACGACCUCACCAAGGAGGAGAAAACAAAUCUCAUCGAAGAGUACAAGGAAUAUAAGGCCACGAAGACCACUGGGCAACGUAUUUCAACAAAGUCGAAGAUCAACGACGUCACUCACACUCUGAAGGCCAUCGAAAGCGAGCUCGAUAAUCUUCGCUCGCGUACUGGAGCGGAGACUAUAUUGUAUAUGACUCGAGGAACAACUGACCUUCCGCUACGCGGUGUUACAUUUGCAACCGAAGGGGUGCAAGACUUCAUGGAGUCCGCGGUAGGCAUCGAUAAUCAAGAUCUGGUCAACAAGAUGGAGGGUUUCGCCAUUCAAGGCAUGAGAGGAGCAGCACUUAACCAUCAGGAGCGCGUUGCUAGUGUUCGCGCUCAAAUCCGCGCUGAAAUCAAUCAAGCUCUCCGUAAGAAAACUGGAGUACCCGAUGCCACAAUGCAGUGGGCGCAAUAUUGGCGCAACGUCGUCAAGCGCUAUUCUGUUGUCAUCACGGGCUGGCCAAAGGAGAUUCCCUUCGUCAAUCUCAGCACGGCCUCUAGUGCCCUUCCUGACCUGGAAAGGCUCCUAAGGAAGUGGCGAUCUGAGGCCAUCAAAUGGAAGCGCCUUACUGCAGAAGAAUUGGCAGCCAUGGAGAAAGAGCGAGACCAGGAGAUUGAGGAUGGUCUGGUGAAGGAAACGCGCCGGCGUGUUCGCUCCGACAAGGGUAAGAAAAGACGCCAAAAUGCUGAUGAUGACGAGGAGAUUGAAGAUGGUAAGACAUACAAGAGUACGGAGAAUGUCAACAGUGAUGGAGAGGAUGAUCGCCCUGACUCCCCUGUACCCGCCACCACUCAGGCCGAAGCAGGAUCGCCCUUUGAAGAUUCUAACACGCCCAGCGCUAAUCGCGCUUCGACUGCCCCGCUCAUUCCGGCUGGCGCCAACGAAACACCUACCAAUCAAGAGCCUGUCCUUCCUGGCACUAAUGCACUGCACUCCGAGUCUUUGGGCCCUGCACCCGCCCCACCAAUCCUUCCAGAUUUUAGUGCAGACUUAGGCUCGCUGUUCCCUCCUUUCAAUGAUUUUAUUGACAACUUCGUACCAGUACCUUUCUCUCCUACUGACCCUAUUCCUUCUUCGGGACCAAUGCCUUUUGCUCACACCGAAUUCAACUUCGACGGUGUAGGCUUCCCUUCUUACUAA